GUUGGAACAUGUUUGGUUUUUUCGUAUCUAUAAAAAGAGUCUCGCCCAAGGAUAUUGAAGAAGAAUAUUACUCAUAAAACUUUCCUAUUUUCGUAUGGGGAAUUAUGUUUAUUGUGACCCAAAUUAAUUUCUUAGAUGUGGCUUAAGCUAAUGGAUUCUGAUCGUCUUAGAAAGCCUUCAGAAAAUUUAGUUCAUUCUCGUUUCUUCCUUUCUGGUUUCUAUUGUUGGGAUUGGGAAUUCUUGACUGCUCUUCUUCUCUUUAGUUGUUCUUCCUAGACCUAGACAAAUUUUUUACUUUUAAGUUAUUUUUUUAACAUCAGAUCAUAGAGAAGAGAUUUUAUUUUUUGGUUUGAGAAAAUUAUUAUUAGUAGUAGUGAUUAGAAAAAUAUAUUAGUUGAAGGAUUGAUCGGAGAAAAAUGUCGCAGCGGUCGGCGCCUGCGCCGUUUUUGUUGAAGACGUAUCAGAUGGUGGAUGAUUUAGCGACGGAUGAUGUGAUAUCAUGGAGUGAGAGUGGUGAAAGUUUUGUUGUGUGGAAACAUGCUGAUUUUGCAAGGGAUUUGCUUCCUAAAUAUUUUAAGCACAACAAUUUCUCUAGCUUUGUUCGUCAGCUUAAUACUUAUGGAUUCCGAAAGCUGGUGCCAGACAAAUGGGAAUUUUCAAACGAGAAUUUCAAACGAAACCACAAACACCUCCUCACUGAUAUCAAACGCCGCAAAACCAUCUCACAAUCGUCGUCACAACCCGUAGAAGUCGAAAAAACCAGCGUCAAUGACAACUCUCCGUCAAACUCUGGCAACGACGGAGUAGGAUCCACCUCAACCUCUUCCUCCAAUUCCAAAAACCCUGGAUCAGUGGAAACAACAACACUUCCUCAAUGUGUCAACUUAUCGAGCGAAAAUGAGAAACUAAAAAAAGACAACGAAACCUUAAAUUGUGAAUUGGCACGUGCAAAGAAACAAUGCGAAGAGUUGGUGGCUUUUUUAAAAGACAAUUUAAAUGUGGGUCCAGAUCAAAUCGAUCGCAUAAUGAAGCAACAAGGAAAUUGUUGUGAAUCUGUUCAAAAUGCGGUUGGUGAAAAUGAAGAAAGUGGAAGAGAUUGUUUGAAAUUGUUUGGUGUUUGGUUGAGAGAAGAAAAUUACACAAACGAAAGAAACAAUAAGAAGAGAGGUUGUGAAGACCAAUUGAGCUUUGGUGGGCCUCGAGCUAAAGUGGGUAACAAUGUUGUUGACUUUAGUGCUGUUAAUGUUGUGAACAUGAUGAAAAGUGGCAAGGUUUGUAACUGAAAUAUGACCUUAGCUUGCUACAUUUCAGAUAUAAAAUUUACUUUUUUUUUAGAAAAAAUAAAGAUAAAAGUGAUAUCGUGAAAAAUGAUAAGAUCACUAAUUAGUUCUCAUCAUGUUUGGGGUAGAAAGAUCGAAUGUUCUACCUGAUGUUCCUUUCAUGUAUUUAAGUUGUGUUAAUUUUGAUUUAAUUUUAAUCUAGGUAAUAUGAUCAUACAAAUAUUCGUAUACGGAUAGUAACAGUCAAUGUAUGGCUUUUUACGUCAAUGAUGAAUAUAGUAGUUGUUAUCAUGUUGUCUGGUUUGGUGAUAUAUUGGUGAUUAUGGAGAAAA